CCUCAGUCCAUUUUCGAUCUUGCUAACUCCCAAGACAGAUUUCGUAUUCUAUUAGCGCGCGUAAAGUGAUUUCUCUAUCGGAUCUCUUACAUUCAUCCUAUUUCGAAGGCUGUCGGAACGAAGUCGCUUUUAAAGUUGAGAUUCUUGUAGUUUUCGGUGUUGUAAAAUCGUAAAUUUGUUUACUUCUGGAUUAAGGGAUAAAAUGAUGGGACAGUGGGAAAUGGACUGCGUUGGAGGCGGCACGUGAUCUUUGUUUGGAUGCAGUUGUUUAAUGCGGACCGAGCCAGAAGAAAUUGAUAGCACUAAGACUGAAGUGUCCACAAGUGCCAAAAUGUGUUAAAAAUGAGCUUGUCGGACUCGCAGCUCGCCCAGGAACCAGGUCCUUUGGACCAGACCGUCAGUUUAUCGGUGGAAGGAGAGAACGAGUGGAAUGACACAGAAGACAUUAAGUUAACACUUAACAUAACGGAAACCCACUGUAAGACUGUCUACGCGAAUAAGACUGCGGCUUUGGCUGAAAUCAACCCUGAUGGUUUCUGUCCGGUGACCACAGAUGGGUUGCUCUGUUGGCCCCCUACGCCCAUCAACGAAACAACCUAUGUUAAGUGCUUUGCCGAACUUAUGAGCAUUAAAUACGAUGAUACACAAAAUGCCACAAGGAUGUGUCUCGCCAACGCUACUUGGACGAAGGCGGACUACUCCAAGUGCACGGAAAUUAUUCUUAUUCCGGACGUGGAAACUCAAGCCACGAUUUAUUUCGUUGGAUAUGUUUUAAGUUUAAUUACGCUGUCGAUAGCGCUGGGGAUUUUCACAUAUUUCAAAGAGCUGCGAUGCCUUCGAAAUAGAAUUCACAUGAAUCUGAUGUGGUCGUACAUGCUAAUGUACUGUAUGUGGAUCGUAACCUUGACCGUGCUCAGCUCAAAAGACGGAGCUUCCAUAGCUUGUAUAUUUAUCAUCACGUUGUUACAUUAUUUUCACAUUUCGACGUUCUUUUGGAUGUUCGUUGAGGGACUGUAUCUUUAUAUUUUGGUUGUUGAAACCCUGACCAGAGAGAAUUUCAAGUUGAGGGUUUAUGUAGGCAUCGGCUGGGGCCUGCCGAUGGUGUUUAUCCUUAUUUGGGCGGUGGUCAAAAGCUUCAUUCCAUCAGAUGCGGAUCCUUCCUCGUGUACGUGGUUCAACAGUCACGCAGUCGACUGGAUCUACCAGGGCCCCACUCUGGCAAUCCUCCUCCUCAACUUAGCCUUCCUUCUCGCUAUAAUGUGGGUGUUAAUUACGAAACUUCGAUCCGCCAACACCGUGGAAACGCAACAAUACCACAAAGCUGCAAAAGCCCUCCUCGUACUUAUGCCCUUGCUCGGCAUCACCUACGUGAUCACCAUGUACGCUCCAACCCCUGACAAAAAAUCGGAAAUGAUCUUCGAAUGCGUGCGGGCGGUCCUUCUCUCGACACAGGGCUUCACCGUGGCUCUGUUCUACUGUUUCUUGAACACGGAGGUGCAGAAUACCGUACGACACCACUUCGAGACGUGGAAAACGCGAAGGUCCUUAGGACCGAGCAGACUGCGCUCCGGAAGCAGGAGCAAGGAUUGGUCGCCCAGAUCUAGGACUGAAAGUAUUCGAGAUACGGAAUGGACAUUGGUAAUGCCGGAUGAUGUCGAACCUGAAGGAAAAUUCGCCGGGCGCCGUCAGACCAACGGAUGCGUUCGCUAAGACCGUGUUUUGCCAGUCCAUCCCGAGGCGCUUUGCACGGAGAUACAAUUUAAUACUGGAAUUCGUAUAUUUUCAAAUGUAAUAACAUACUGUGCGAUACAAUUCUUAUUCGCCUCUGGACUAACAUGUGCUGGGGAUGGGCGAGGGUUUGUUGAACUGUUUCAUAUUGUUUUGAAUUAAAAUUAAAAAACAAAAGGAAAGCGGAUCUGUGGGUUGUUGGUAGAUGUUCGAUUUUGGAAGAUGUAGUUAGUUGUAAAAUAAGGAAGCACUUUGUCUAUGACCAGAUGUGUUUUCUUUGCAAUGUUAUUAAAGGCAACAGCAUCGAUUUCUUUUAUGUUAGUAGAUAGGUUUUUUAUUUCGAAAUCGAGCUUUCAGGAUUUCAUGGAAAUCGUGCCUUAUUUUACCUCAUUCCAAACGCUGGCGCGCAGAGAGUGUAAAUCGAAGUUUUAAAGGCAUUUUUUUUGUUAAAAUUUUGGUGUAAUUUAAUUUCACAGUUUGUGCUUACGAAAUUUCAACAAAACCCAAUAUCGCUAUAACGGCGUAUAGAACAAACAUUUUUCAACACUUUCAUCACAACGACCAUUGUGGGCCUAGUCUUUCGAACAUCAAUUUUUUAACCCAUAAAAAACAAGUGUUCUCAUAAAUCACUCGAGUUUGUUUUUACGAUUGGCCACGUGAGACCCAUCGACAAAGCUCAAAGGUAAUUUGUGAAACGAAUUUAAAAUCUAGAUAAGUUACGAGUAAAAUGUGCGUCGAUUCGCAUGACAAAAAUAUGAAACAGUUCGAACGCACCAGAAUUAAUUACCACAAGUUAAUACCCCUUAGGCAACUAAAAUGUUUUGCGUUGUCGUGCAUAUUAGUUUCCCAGCGGUUAAUUAACCUGUAACUGGAAGUUGUCAAAUAUAUUAAAUUUGAACACGAUCAAUGCCGAGGUGGCUUUGGUUGUUUUAACAACCGGUGUGAGAAAAAGAAACGGAUUUUUGUAGAUAGUGGAGGGUUCAAAGAAAUUUUUGUGUGGUUAGUCAGUUGACUUAUUUUGACUUUGAUCUACUUUGAGAAAGAAGUAGAUAAUUUAAAACUGCGUUUUUGAGAUUUAUUAUAUACAAAUUCCAGUAAAGUUUCGUCAAAUUGAAACCUGUUUAAUUUAACGUUAUAUAUUUAAAUGAGUAUAGACGUUUAGAGAUGCCUAGAGUUAUUUUGACUAGUGGAACGAAGGUAUACAAUAAACGUUUAUUUACUAGUUACUCAUUGUUAACCAUGAGACAAAUAUUUAUAUUGUUCACAUUUACAUUUAUUUUUUUAGUUCAUUUUAUAAUUACAGAAAUUUUACAUUGUUGUAGUUCAUGCCGAAAAUGUAGAGAGAUAGAAAUAUAAAAAUCCGCCUUUUUAAUUUCAAUUAAAAAUAGAAAACAACCAAUUAGACAAACUAAUUUAACUAGUCGUUAUUGGGUGAACUCAAGGAAGCGUAAAAUGAAGACACGGAUAGUUAGAUUGAUUCCAGUUUAACUACUUUUGCAGUUUUUACUGUAGUUUAUAUUUCAAAGGCUUAACGAAUAAAAACACAUCUGACGUCCGUAGAUUUUUAAAUUCAUAACAAAAAGUUUCAAUUCUCAUUCCUUCUAGAGGUUAACGUUAUUUUAAUAAAACAAGAUUGCAAAGUUCGGGAUAAAAUAAAUAUCACGGCUUCACUUAGCUUAUAAAAAUAAAUAAAAUCUCUCAUCUAAAAAUGAAAUGUAGAAACGUAACGUUCUUUUGCAAGUGAAAUGUAUUAAGUAUUUAAUUUUUUAAAAUUUAGAAUUCAUGCCAAAUCUCAAAUAUUUCUGUGUUUGAUACUAGAACCUAGAUGUAUAGGCAUGACUUCAUUUCGCUACCUCAAAUUUAUGAACCUGACUGACGAUUUUAUAAAACACGAAAUUACAUCAACCAUUUAUAAUACUUUUAGAUCUGUAGAUCUACAUCGAUUUUUUUUUGUAUAAUUUUUGCUAUUACAAAAUCAUUGUAAAAAUAUUGUGUAAUUUUCUGCGAAAUUCACUUUAAGGCCAGUCGCUACGUGUGGAAUUUUCGAUCUAUUUACAGAAUUUAAUAUCUUCGUUAUUAACAGACCUACGAUUUUGAAAUUUUAAAUACAGGGUGUUUUUUAAAUGCACGGAAAAAUUGUUUGGGGUAUAGAGAUAUAUACAGGGUGUUUCUUUUAUUUGAUACAACCCCUGUAACUUUUUUAUUCUUGAAGAUAAACCCGUAGUUCUUUAACCAAAUUUGUAUCAUUCUCAAAGAUUUAUAUGAUGGUAAGCACAUAUUUUUAUUAUCACUGGCGGUAGAACCGGAAAUGACGCCAACUUAUUUUUUUUAAUGGAACACUAGGUAUAUUUUUUGAUAAAUGGAAAGAUUGAUUUUUGACUACAAAAAAUCACAAGCAACCAAUAUUCUAAAAUCAAUAAUAAAAAAGUUAUUUAGUAAAAUAUCUCCAAAAUUUUCCGUUUAUUUCAAAAUCUAGUUGCUUGAAAAACAAUUGCAAAAUUGUUGUCAUCACUAGAUCUUUUAAAAUGAUACAAAUUUGCUCAAAGAACUACAGAUUUAUCUUUAAAAAUAAAAAAUUUACAGGGGUUGUAUCAAAUAAAAGAAACACCCGGUAUAGUAUAGAGACCAUAUAUCAAAAAUCGUUCUAAUAAUUUUUUUUUUUAAUUUUUGAGAUAAAAUUCAAUGAGAUUUUAUGCAAAAUUUCCCCUACGCUACUGAUUUUACGAAGAUAGAAGUUACCAUAAAAAAAUUAAAAAGGUAAAAAAUAGGUUGCUUAGCAAAAAUGAUGACAGAUUCAUCGGACGUUUGUCGUGAGUUAAAAAUGGCAGAUUUUUCGAAUGCUGAAAUGCCCGAUAUGGUCCUCACGUACGGGCAAGCGGUAGGAAACAUUUCCUGAACAUGGGUUGCCCAACCUUAAAACCUUUGCUGCCGUUGUACAGCGAUUACGAGAAAACGGCAAAUUUCAACCUUGUUGCAACGAUCGUGGUCGUGAAAGAACUGAGCGUGUGCUCGACGCCGAGGAAGAAAUUUUGAAUUCUGUUGGAGAAAAUCCAAGGAUAAGCGUUAGAAGAUUGUCCUAUCGAAUUGGAGUUUCACCAUUUGUGGUUUGAGAACACUAAAUGGGCAGCGUCUGUUUCCAUACCACAUACGAGUUCAACACUUAAAACCCGAAGAUUUUCCGAGUAGGGUUCAUUUCUUCGAGUGGCUGUGUGCCAAAAAUAGAAAGGAUCCUCAAUUCGUUACAAUGUUGCUUUCAACAGACGAAGCAACAUUCACGAGAGAUGGUGUAUUUAACUCGCACAGUACCCAUCUUUGGUGUGAUGAAAACCCAGAUGCAAUUCAAGAAAGGAAUUUUUGGCCUCCCGAUCUGUAAAGAGCUCAUUUUUGACCAAUAAUUUGGUAAACAUUUUGGAGAAAGUACCGCUGGCAACAAGAAGAAAUAUGUGGUAUCUCCAAGAUGGGGCGUCUGCUCAUUAGGCAAGAGAGGUGAGAAGAUUCGUUUGGCAAAACUUUCCUGAAAAUUGGAUGGGAAGAAAUGGACCGGUUCUGUGGCCUCCUCGAUCACCUGAUCUUAACGCUUGUGAUUUCUUUCUAUGGGGUCACAUGAAACAGUUAGUGUACCGAACUCCAGUCAAUACUGUCGAGGAACUUAUAAACGGAAUACAGAACGGUGCUGCUGAAGUUAGGGCCAAUAGCGAUUUGAUAGGCAGAACGCAUCAAAGUUUAAUUCGGGGUGCUGAGGCAUGUAUACGAAAUAGUGCCGAGAUUUGGAGCAUUUGUUGUAAUUUUGACACUCUACGUAGGUUGUAUUUUGUUUAUCUGGUUUAUUAAAGAACAAUUUUCGAGUUUUACUUGUCAAUUUUGAGUUGACAAAUAUUCAAUUAUCACUUCAUCUUUGUAGAAUAAAUUAAUAGUAGCAAUCGUUGUACUCUUUAGCUGCUAAGGUUUCAACAAUAGCUUUUCGUGUAUUUCCAUAACACCCUGUAUAUGUUGUCCAUAACUUUCUUUAUAUAACGCCAGGACAAUUUUGUUAAAAACAGUUUGUGAUCAUUUUUUUCUUUUAAUUUUAGUGAAAUUUUUUCAUAACGUAUUUUUAAUAAUCAGUAUCUCAGUUAUUAAAGAAAUUUCAAAACACGAUUUUCAACACACUUUUCAGUUUACAAAACUCCAGAAAUCCUACCAGAUAUAUCGUCGAUUUUUUUUUUGUUAGAAACGAUACACAAAAAAAGUUUGUGUCAUAGAAGUUGCUAACUUUUAUUUUUACUAAUCUCAGUCCCAACAAAUAAAGUCAAAAUAGACCUAGUCCGAUUUCUAAAGUUUUGCAAGCUGAAAACAAUGGUGACAACUCCGUUCCAAAAUUUCCAUAAAUAACUGAACUAUUGAUUUUUUAAAAUACGUGAUACAAAAAUUUUAGCAAAAUUAAAAAAAUAUAUGAUAAUAAUAAAUUGUUAAAAAAAACUGCCCUGGCAGUUAUGUGGUGAAAGUUGUAGACAAGUUACAUUUAAAAUUUCAUAACCAUAGGUGUGUUAAUAAUGGAGAUAUUACAUUCCGAAAAUAUAUUGACAACACCGUAAGAUCCAAACGUAGCGACUCCUAUUAAGCCUCAUGUAUGUAAUUUUUAUUUUUUCACACUAAAUUACAUUUUCAGGUAUUGUUUGUUUCAACAUCGCCGUCCAAACUAAAAUACUGAUAGAUUCGUUUCAUAUUUUAAAUGCAUAUACAGAAAAUACAAAUUUUGUGUUAUUAUAAAAAAGUCUACAUUGUAAAUAAAUGUAAUAAAUUAAACCACAUUUUGUAAAGAAAAAUAUUUUUUUCUGAAAUAUCAAAAACCUUUGAUUAACUCAAUAUUUGAUCGUCCAAAGUUUGAAAACUGUGUAGUCUAACUAAAUUUAUAGCGUGAUGAUGACCGACAGUAGUUAUAAAUUUCACAAAUCUUUCCCGUUUCUCAACCAGAAGGGGCUGUAUUAUUUUGUAUUUGCGAAUAUUACAGGGCCGUACUUGAAUUUAUAUUAAAUACUAUCUAGGCAUAUUAUUUUCCUUCAUCUUCAGCCACUGAGGCAACUGUGAACUGUGUAUACUUACUCAUUGCUCAGGAAUGCAGCCAAUAUUGAUAGUUUUACCAAUUGUUCGUUUUCAAUUCUUCCUUGUUUACAAAUAAUGCUUCAAUUUCUUCCUUGUUUGAGGCAGAGUUGUCAUAUUUUGAUCGUAAAGAACUUUUGUGUUCUUAAUAUCUAUACUAAUAAAUAAUAAAUAAUAUAUAAUGUAUAUUAUAAUUAUAAUAAAUCUUCUACUCAAAUAUUUUAAAAUCCUGCACGUAGUAUUAUAUUUUUUUUAAUUCCUGAGCGUAAACUAAGGAAGUAUUGUAAUCGAGUCCAUUGGGUGACUGGCAGCUUUCAUAUUUUCUCGAUGGGUCUCCCGUUUCCGUCUAUCUGCCUGUCCGUCUGCCGUCUGUGUCAAUUUUUGUUAAAUAAAUAAUCUCCGAAACUACCGAACCGAUUUUUGUCAAAUUUUAUAUAUGUACUACGAAUAUCAUGUAGACGGUAAAACACUAUUCAAACUUUGUCUAAUCGUCCUCACCAACAAUGUUCACCUCAAAAUUGUACAUAAUAAAUGGGUUUUAAAUUGUAUCAGAAUCAGGUAACAUAGUUCUUCACAAGUAGUUUAUGAAUUCAUGUUGAGUUUUUACCCGAAACGUCCCGAUUUUUGGAAAAAAGUCAAAAUUUUAUAACAAUAUUUUGCAUGGUAAAUUUUUAUUCAAAAUAUAUUUGCUAAUCCCCCAGAAAAAUGAUGACGUCACGUCAAAAUUUUACCAAAUAAAUCCUACCUAAAAAGCGCAAAAUGUGAUGAGUCUAUACUUCUGAUUUAUCAUUGUAUUCAUAUUUUUUAGAUUUGCUUAUACAGGGUGACCCAAAAAAGUGUAUUAAUUACUCAAUUUAUUUAAUUGAUUAAUCAGGAACUGAAGAACUGAAUGCCUUAAAAUCUUGCAGAAAUUAUUGUCGAGACGGUAAAUUUUUAAUCAAAACGUGUAUGUUUAUCCCCCGAAAAAAUUGAUGACGUCAUCUUGUGAUUUAUCAUUGCAUUAAUAUUGUUUUACUUAUUUUAUUGAAUAAAUCGGUAACUGCGAAACCGAAUGCGUUGAAAUCUUUUUAAGGUUAUCGUGAUCAAAAUGUAUUCAUUUGUCUCCUCCCAAAAAAUUCAUGACGUCAUCUCAAAAUUUUCUGGAAUAAAUCCUGUCUGAAUUAUACAAAAUAUUAUCACUCUGUACUUGUGAUUUAUCAUUGCACUAAUAUUUUUUUGAUUUGCUAUUGCAGGUGGCUCGAAAAAAUUCAUGAAUGAAUCAUUUUUCUUUUAUUGAUCAAAUCAAGAACGGCUCAAUACAAUACUAUAUUAUAUCCAAUCCAAGUUGAUAUACUAUGGCCUUGCAAAAAUGGUCAUGACGUCAUCACAAAAUUUUGAAAGUAAAAACUAAAAUCUCAUUUGAAACAUACAUGUAGCACGCUUCUUUACGUUUACUUUAAAAUUACAUAUUUAAUUAUUUACAUAUAUUUAUUCUAAUAAAAGAAAAUAAAAUUCAAAUUUUAUAAUUUUUCGAAUGUAUGUAUGUCUCAUUGUACGUCAGGGACGAGGGAAAUGUUUUUUAUGUUUUGUGCAACAUCAUAUCAAGGAAAAUUAAUUAUUAGAAUAAUCAUCUCAAGAUUUUGGACUUGCUUCCUGAACUGAAAUCUCUUUUUUUUUUCAAAAAAUGUAAAAUAACCCAAUAUCAAUUCAUUUUACCAAGUAUUAAUUUUCUAUUCUGAGCUCCACGAGAGAGUAUUUUCUCCAAAGUAAACAAUGGAAUUUUUAGCGGUAGAUUUUUUUUGUUACAGCUCAAUUUCUUCUUCCGCAUUUUUAACGUUCAUUUACAUUAAAAAAUCACCUGUUUAACUUUUAAUGGCAAAAGUUUUGUACGAAGUUGAAAUAUUUGCUUACACUUUUUUUUCUUUUCUUACAUCCAGUGAUCUGUGAAAUUUAAAAAUGUUGUAAAUUUUCCGCUUCUUAGUAAUGGCAGACUUUUUAAAAUUUCAAUUAAUAUGAUUAAUUUGUUAUCUGCCAGAAUAAUUCUAACACUGGAACCGUCUUGCCAUUAUAGUUAUACACUCCAAAAGAAGCGGAAAAAACUAAAAUGUUAGAAUUUAUGCGACAGAAAAAUAUACAGAUACUUUUCUGUCGUAUAGGUAAAAGCAUAGUCUUCACAAAGACCGUUUUUAACGAAAAAGGAAAUACACAAAGUAGAGCACAAAUCGGUACAAGUACCUAUUAAAUAAGCUUACGGAGAGGAAAUGGUUAUUUCGAGACCCACCAGGAAAGUUUUACUUCUUACUGCCAUUAUUGUAUAUAAAAGACAGGCAAUAGCGAAAAAAGACUAUAAGCGGCUAAAUAUCGACUUUAUUGAGGUUUGUAAGGAUUUCAUGUCAUAUUUCUGAGGAAUGUGAAUCAGCAGUCGGUUAAAGUUAUUGUUUUCGGCACCUUAGAAGAUUUAAGAAACAUAAGUAUUUUUUAGUACAUAACAAAAACCAAAGAAAACUCUCCGGCAAAUAUGUGUCUAAAUAAUUUAGUUAUGAUAGUUUAAGUAUCAAAGCAAUAAUCACGCUAUAAUUUUAGUUGGAUUUUAUCAAAGAUUUAAAAGAAACAUUUAAGAGAGUAAUAAUUUAAAAUCUACACAAAAAAGAAAAAGUAAAAGCUAAACAAAUUUUCAUAAGUCUAUAAUAAGCAAUCAUUAGAAUAGUAAACAAUGUAAUGAGACUAAAGAUUUGUAAUCGGGGUUUAGCGUAGUCGCAACCAAGUUAUGUCUCACGAAAUUCUAUAAAUAAGCCUAGAUAAUGCUUAAACAAUUCACGUGUGUAAAUAAAUUUCCAAGUGCAGUUAAUAGUAACACAACCACUCCACUAAAAAAUGCCGCUUUUAAUUUUUCACCAUACACCGACUGGUCCAAAAAGCACAAACACUGCCGCUGCGGAACUAACACUUGCACAUUAACCACUUACACCCGCACUAAAUGUACCUGUACUUUCCAUUAUACCUUGCAUUUUAGCAAAUAAAGUCUUUUUUAUUCAA